CAAGGGAAAUUUUGUCUUUUUAUUCUCAAUAAUAUCUUCCUAUGUGGCAGUGCCCCUCCACAAUUAGUGUUUUCUAUGAACACUUUCUAGAAUCCUUGUAUUGCAUCUUCACAAUCAAUCAUCAUACAGUUUCCUCUUUUUCUUCCUCAUCAAGCUCUCAAACGCCAACUCCAAUCUUGGAUCCAAACAGAAAUGGGAACACUAACUUCUCAGAAUCAUUGAUUUGCCUCUCUCUCUAUCAUAUUCUAAAGUGUCACAACGGGUUAAAUUUCAGCUUUGCAGAUUCCGAAUCUACCACAGAUUUACCUCAUUGGCUUCUAUGAGGAGCGUGAAUUUGCGAUAUAUGUCUCUUCAAUCUCAAAUGAACUACGUAUUCCUGUCAGAUUACAUUACUAUCCUGCUUAUCCGUGCAGUGAAUUUUCUGAACUUUGGAGCUUAUUGAUGUCUCUAUUGAACGUAUUGUUACUAGAUACCUAAAGGAGGACAAACCACAUGGUUCAGCCAGAGGCCUUUACACUUUGAAACAUGAAUUAACUUGUUGGAAAAAGUACGGCAUCCUAAUGUGGUUCAGUUUAUUGGAGCUCUUACCCAAAGUAUGCCAAUGAUACUAGUAAUAGAGCAUCAUCCAAGUGGGGACCUGGGCAGCUAUCUUCAGAAGAAGGGAUGUCUAUCGCCUUCUAAGGUUUUAAGAUUUGCUCUGGAUAUUGCCAGGCAAGUCUGAUCUUUUUCAUAUGUACAGAAAAAAAUCUCUAUUACUACAUCUGAGAUGUUUUAUUUUUAUGUUGAUAAGAUGUUCUUAUUUCUUUGGUUGUAUUCUGUUUCCGUCGUAUGAUCUUAUUUUCAGGGGCAUGAAUUAUCUUCAUGAAUGUAAAUCGAACCCAAUCAUCCAUUGUCUUUUAAUGCCAAAGUUAGAAAACUAAAUGCUUUAUAAUUCUUAUAUAUUAAGUACCCAUUUUCAGUAUACUCAUGCCAAAUAUCUACUUCUUUUAAAGUUUGUAAUUUUUGUAAGGUACCAAAAAUAUUUUGCUGGACAAUGGUGGUCUGUUGAAAAUUGCAAGAUUUGGUUUGAUUAGAUUGUCAAACAUUUCACCUGACAAAGCAAAGUCGCUGCAACCUGAAGUUGUUGACCGUGCAAGUACCUAUAUAGCACUUGAGAUUUAUAAUGACAAAAUAUUUGAUAGAAGUGUGGAUGUAUAUUCUUUUGGAGUUUACUUUAUGAGAUGAUGGAGGGAUGCCAACCUUUUCAUCCCAAGUCACUUAAAGAGGCUGCUAGAUUGAUGUGCAAAGAGUAUAAUAGACCAUCAUUAAUCAAGUCAAAAUCUAAGUAUCCGCCGGACCAUAGAGAUUGUUUUGCAGUGUUCAAAAGGUCCUUGGACCAAACAGAAGAUUCAACACAGUAGAUAACUUUUCCAAAAACUGAAAUUGCUUCUCCAUGGCUCAUAGAAGAUAUGGUGGAAUGGGAACCAUUCUUGUCAGCAAGGUGUCAGCUGAUACAGCCAGUGAAUUUGGAGAAUUGGCCGCUGACCCCGUCACCAAAGAACUGUUGCAUUACACAGAAAAAGCUGAAACUUUUGUGAGUGACCGCAUCAACUGUGGUGUGUACGUAUUUACACCAGAUAUCUUCAAUGCUAUUCAAGGAGUAUCCACUCAGAGGAAAGACAGAGCUAACCUAAGGCGUGUAUCCAGCUUUGAAGCUCUUCAGCCAGCAAACAGGUGGAAAUUAUUUGAAUUUCUUCCAUUUUUUAGGAAAGGCUAUGACGAAGAAGAGAGUGGAUUUCUUGGGUGGAUUCAAUAAUUCAUUUAAGCCAAUGAUGUAGGGAAAGAGGUGGGCAUGGUAGUAUAGUAUUAAAAACUUUUGUUAGGUAAUUUUGGUUUUGAAUUUUUAAAAAUAUUAUAUCAUUACCAUACUAGAUUGAUUAAUUCAGUAUGAUUCGUUAUUCA